CUGCUGCCGCGCCGUGGAGCGGGGCCGGUCGGCCUGGCUGGCGGUCGGGAGGAAAAGGGCGAUCCGCCACACCGCUCUUCUGCACGGGGAGAGUUCUUUGCUCGCUGUCGGAGCGCAGCGAGGCAGAAUGAGAUCAGAACAGAGGGGAGGGGUGGCGUCGGGCUGUUCGCGGUGAGGAAGGUCGCAAAAGCCCUUCGGAUGGGCGUCUGGGCGUCUGCGCUCCGAGCGCUUCGCGUGGAAGAGCGGUGAAAUUAAAGAAGCAUUUUCUUUUCUUGCGAGCAAUGACAGCUGCUCCCGAAAAAGAGGAGGCGCUAUAUUGCAGUUUCCACUUCUGGAAUCAUUUGAAGCAGUGGAUUUUAGAGGCACUGGCGGUUGAAUGAGAGAAAAAUUAGGUGUCAGAGCGUGAGGUGAAUGUUUCCAGAUUGGGCAUUGAUGAAUAAUAUGAGUUUAGGCUUCUGAAUUUUAGCUAGCGAGGUUUGAAAAUGUUUGCUGAGUUUGCUUAUGCCACUGAUCUGCAGCUGAAGGCAAGCCGUUCUCGUUUUGCAAGUUGAUGGUGAAGUUGUGUUUGUAAGUUGUGCGAAAGUCAAAUUGAAGAUCUGUUGGAGGGGACAAAUGUGGGACUUUGGCCCUCCGGAGGAGCCGGGCUGCCUCUGACUGACCAGGGACAACUGCAAGAUGCGAAAAUGUGCUGAUGACUCAUCUGCCUGCAAGCUCAGGUUUAUCGAGAUUCCUCUUCCAGAGGUCAAUAAGGACUUGAUGACAUGAAUCUGGAAAUUUCCAGGAUGGCACACUCUCUGAAUGAAUGGCUAUGGCAGCACGAGUUCUGGCUCCCCCCAGGAAUUACAUGGGAGGACAUGAAGGAGUCUGAAGACAUCCACUACCCUAAGCCUCGUGAUCUCCUGCUCAGCAUCCCUUUUGCCUUAAUCCUGGUUGUCAUUCGAUGUGUCUUUGAAAGAGCCAUAGCCCUGCCUCUCAGUGCCAAACUUGGUGUGAAGGACAAGUUGAGACCUAAAGCUCAGCCCAUCUCCAUUCUGGAAACAUUCUACACUGUGAAUUGUAGGAACCCUAAAGAGGGUGAGCUGAUCAGUUUAGCCAAACAAUGUGACCUGCCAGUGAGAAAGGUGGAGAGGUGGUUCCGGCGCCGGAGGAACACCGACCGACCGAGCCUGUCGAAGAAGUUCUGUGAGGCCUGCUGGAGGUUUGCGUUUUACAUCGUUUCUUUCUUCACUGGGCUGGCUGUACUGUAUGAUAAGCCUUGGCUUUGGGACCAUAGAGAGUGCUGGACAGGUUACCCACAACAGCCUCUCCAGCCCACUCUGUUCUGGUACUACAUGCUGGAGCUUUCCUUCUACUGCUCACUGGUCUUCACCUUGCCCUUUGAUGUGAAGAGGAAGGACUUCAAGGAGCAGAUAGUCCAUCAUGCUGCAACCAUCUUCCUGAUCAGUUUCUCAUAUUGUGCCAAUUACAUCCGCAUUGGGACACUGGUGAUGGUGAUUCAUGAUGCUUCUGAUUGCUUCCUAGAGCCAACUAAGAUAUUCAAUUACAUGAAGUGGAAAAAAACCUGUGACAGCCUCUUUAUGAUCUUCUCAGCUGUCUUCCUCAUCAGCCGCCUGGUCAUUUUCCCCUACACAGUGCUCUAUAACACCUACUACUACUCCAUGGAGAUAUUCCAGCCCUUCUUUGGAUACUACUUUGUGAAUGCUCUCCUGAUAACUCUACAGUUGCUUCACAUCUUCUGGUCCUGCCUCAUUAUUCAUAUGGUCUACAAGUUCAUGCUCCAGGGCACGAUGGAAAAGGACAUGAGAAGUGAAACAGAAGAGAGUGAUGUGGAUGAAGAAAGAGAAAACAUGAUGGAAAAAGAGAAAAAUGGGAUUGCACGUUUCAGCAAUGUCACGAGCAGCAAUGACAUCCAGAGGAAUGGGUCUGAGCCACUGAACAGCAGAGCCCAUCUCACCAAUGGCCACGUCAAGGAAAGAUAGCCCUCUUUGUGUCUGUCAUGAAUCCGGUCCACCAUCUUUAGAAGCAGUUUUGCUUGUUGUAUAGAUAUAAAAGAUUGCAAUUGCAGUAUCAUAACUAAAUUUGUUUUUAUUGUAAACAGAAUUGUGUACAGUUAGUGAUAUCUGAGGGGAGUUUUUGGUCUUUCUUCAACGUAAGUUUUCUGUAGGUUGUAGCCUUGAGGCAAAUAGAAGGGGAUCCAAGUGGUUUGACUUGAAUUAGACAAUAUCACAGCAGGUGUUAAACAUGUUGAUCUUGAAAAACACUCAGAACAGUGGAUGAUGAUGUUGGACAAUGUCACCUCUUAACUGCCUAAUGCUGUUUGAUAGGAAUCUAUUUGGAAUGGCCUCUGGAAGCAAAGCCCACUGCCACUAAUGACUAUGGACAGCAAGUGUGAAACUCUAAACCUUAACACAGGGACACCUCCUUCAAGAGCAGAGGUGCCCCAUACGUACUGGUAACAUUGAAACUGUGUAUAGUGGUAUAAAAGCUUUGGAAAGAUACAGAAGAAAACAUUUUCGUACAGGAAAUGCUGCUGUGUGCCAUGUGACUGGUUUUGUAAUGUAUGGAUCUCAGUCCCUUCUCUUGUCAGCACUGUUGCCUCAAAGGGGGGGAACUCCAAAGGCUGUAAUGAAGAGAGUUCCCACCCCAGUCGUGGUUGUAGGGGCUAGAAAAUCCAAGCAGUUGUGUCUCAGCUGUCAGAUAAUGAAUCCCAUCUUGGAAAGUACCAAUUUCAGGAGAAGAGAGGGGACAAGGAAAUUGAUAUUCUAGAAGACAACACCGAUCAAGUGCUCAUGAUUUUAUGUAGGAUGAUUGGCACAGUGGGAGAUAUUUGCAGUCAGCUUGUGGUAAGAAGGGAAUGGAACACCCCUGUUCUCAGAGGGAGAAGAAUCAGAGAAGAUCUGCUGAACUUCAUGGCACAACGCUUUAAUUUAGGCUUCUAAUUCUGGGGCCGCUGCCUAGAUGUGUUGGGAGUUUAAAGCAGUAGGCAGUGAAGUCAUGAUGCAAUUCUGAUUCAUUCCUUUAGACGUUUUGUAUCUUAUAUCCUGUGUAGUUUUAGACUUUUGAUUCUGUAAUACCUUAGGAGAGUUAAAUAGGUAUGGCACAGAUUUCUGUCUUAUAGAUCUAUUAAACUAUGAAACCACAUUACUAACAGAUUUGCUGUUACAAUAGCAGGGACUUAGUCUGCGCAGGCCAUGCAGACGCUUCCCUGUCUGUGCCUGGCAAGGCCCAAUGCUAACUGAUGGACACGGACCAAGGAAAUGCCCAAUUCUAGGAGGUGAUGCACAUUUAUAAAGUUAAGAGGCAAAUGACAGUCUAGUAGGAUGAGGGUUUUCAGCAGCUCACCAAGUUCACCUGAAAUAUGACUGGGGAAGCUUUGAUUUUAGCCUUUGGUCUUAGGUUUCAAUCAAAAUAUAUUGGAUAACUUCAGAGGGAAAAGUGGUUUCAGCACAGGUGAUUGAUUCCAGGGCAGUGACAUACUCAGAGCAGAGCAUCUCUUCCUGCAUCAUCAUUUCAUGCGGAUCAUUAAAUCCAUGUUUGUUGAAGAUAGCUUCUCUCUGGAUGUUGGGGUAAUUUAGAGUUCAGAGUACAAUUUCUGUAUACGGUCAUGUUUCUGUAAUCCACAUGUGCAAUCUUGCCACUCCUCUGCAGGCGAUGAGCUCAGGAGGAACGGUUAUGUAUCAUUUUGUACUACUGAAUGUAACAGUUCUUUGUAAAUUACUUUUGAACGGUU